AUGUCAGACACCUCUGUUCCCCCUCCCCCGAGCGCCGUCGCGCGCCCUGUCAGUGAGGCACUUCUCAACGAGAAGUGGGACCACUGCCUGUCCAACCUCCUCGUCAAGUCUACCCUUGGUCUUGGCUUCGGUGUCGUCUUCUCGGUCCUCCUUUUCAAGCGCAGAGCGUGGCCCGCCUUCGUCGGCGUCGGUUUCGGAGCCGGACGCGCAUACGAGGAGUGCAACUCCAGCCUGAAGCAGGCCGCCAGAGAGAUCAGGAAGCAGGCAUAA